UCCAUCCAUCACUUGAUGCCUGUACACCUUCUGCAACAAACCAUCCAGGUGUUAGGUCGUCUCUUGUGGCUUCUAAGAUUUGGUGUGGACAGUUAUUUUACCUUGUAUUCAAGCCUCCCUCAUUUUUUAACCUUGAGAUAUAACCAAGCCAGUGAUGGUUAUAGUGAUCUCUGUCAUCCGCCCUAACACUUUCUGACAGCCUGCAGCAAUGUUUGGUCAUGAGAUUUACCCUCUUCUGAAAACUUCUUCUGAAACACUACCAUAAGGAGAGGAAAAAAAGUGAGGAUAAGGGUCUUUUUUGAACCCCAAAUUAUAGUUGGUUGGUGCUUCCUUGCUGUGUGGCUGGACGUUCAGACCAGCUCCUGCCUGGUUUGGGAGCUGUUCCACCUGUCAAAGCCAUGUCCAGCCAGUGGUAGCCCACCUGCUUCUUGCACCAGGGAAACCACGAGAGUCCCUACAAAAGGCAAAGUGUAGUAUUGAUCCACAGUGGAUUAGGUUUUUUGGUUUUGGGUUUUUAAUGACCCUAUGCCACAGAUAGAUUGAGGCUGCAAGCUCAAAUUGACAGUCUUGAUGCUCAGUUUGGGGUCACCUGGGUCUGUGCUGCUGUUAGGUCCCUACUGCUCCCAUAUAGGCUGGGUCACAAGGAACUCCAUGAACCUUUCUGGUGGAAUAGCUUAGUCAAUUGACAGGUCUUGCCAAUUUGUAAGAGCCAGUGUCAAGGAAGGCUUCAGUGGUCUUGAAUUCUCAUGGAGCCGUCUGUCCCAAGUCACAAAUCCAUUUCCAUCUUCGUGCAGAAGAGUUGGACUGGAUCAGGGUUUUUCGGAAAAAAAUCUCAACACAAACUUUGAAACAGGGCGUCCGGUUCGGAGUUCUCCCAUUUGUAUGUGAAAUGCACAAAAAGCAAGGUCUCUUUUAAUCCUUGCUGAGAGGUAGUCGUUUCCAUUUUACCAAAAGAGUAAAUGAGUCCAGAAAGGCAAUGACCUACUCUGGAAUUAGAACCCAAUUUGCGGUCCCACUGCUGGGAGUUCUCAGCUCCACCCACUUCUCUGCAGCCCUACUCUAGGCCAAAUCAAGGGCUUUUCUCCGCCUCUCAGGGCGGGGUCAGAGAUGCCCCCACCUGUGGCUUCUAGAUCACUUUGGGCCCAGGUGGGGUGUAGGCUCAGGAAGGGUCCCGGGGCGGGGCCCCCGAGCGCGCCCACAAUUGGCGCGCUGGGCCGAGUGCGCGGUAAAGGGAAGGGGCCGACCGACGCUGGGGAGCGAGAGCCCCGGAGCUGUCCUGUGCGCCCGCAGCUUCCGAGGCUCCGGCCUGGGUGAGCGCGGGCCGCUCGGUGACCCGGCCCCUCGUUUCCCCCAGCAGUCCCCAGCCCCUUGCCCACCAUGAACGCCAGCAGCUCGGGCUACCCCCUCGCCUCGCUCUACGUGGGCGAUCUGCACCCCGACGUGACCGAGGCCAUGCUCUAUGAGAAGUUCUCGCCUGCAGGCCCCAUCCUGUCCAUCCGCGUGUGCCGCGACAUGGCCACCCGGCGCUCGCUGGGGUACGCCUACAUCAACUUCCAGCAGCCCGCCGACGCGGAGCGGGCACUGGACACGAUGAACUUUGAGAUGCUCAAAGGCCAGCCCAUCCGCAUGAUGUGGUCCCAGCGAGACCCGGGACUUCGCAAGUCAGGUGUGGGCAACAUCUUCAUCAAGAACCUGGAGGACUCCAUUGACAGCAAGGCUUUAUAUGACACCUUCUCCACCUUUGGGAACAUCCUCUCUUGCAAGGUGGCGUGUGACGAGCAUGGCUCCCGGGGUUUCGGCUUUGUUCAUUUUGAGACCCAAGAAGCCGCACAGAACGCCAUCAGCACCAUGAACGGGAUGCUGCUGAACGACCGCAAAGUUUUUGUUGGCGACUUCAAGUCCCGACGGGAGCGGGAGGUGGAGCUGGGGGCCCGGGCCAUGGAGUUCACGAACAUCUAUGUGAAGAACCUCAAAGCGGAUGUGGAUGAGCACGGCCUGCAGGAGCUCUUCUCCCAGUUUGGAAAGACGCUGAGUGUGAAGGUGAUGAGGGACAACGGUGGCCACUCCCGCGGCUUUGGCUUUGUCAACUUUGAGAAGCAUGAGGAAGCCCAGAAGGCUGUGGUGCACAUGAACGGGAAGGAGGUGAGCGGGCAGCUGCUGUACGUGGGCCGGGCCCAGAAGCGGGUGGAGCGGCAGAAGGAGCUGAAGCGCAGGUUCGAGCAGAUGAAGCAGGACCGCCUGAAACGUUACCAGGGCGUGAACCUGUACGUGAAGAACCUGGAUGACUCCAUCGAUGAUGAGAAACUGAGGAAAGAGUUCUCUCCCUAUGGAGUGAUUACCAGUGCGAAGGUGAUGACAGAGGGUGGCCACAGCAGGGGGUUUGGCUUUGUGUGUUUUUCCUCUCCAGAAGAGGCGACAAAGGCUGUGACAGAGAUGAACGGGCGCAUCGUGGGCACCAAGCCACUAUACGUGGCGCUGGCCCAGCGCAAGGAGGAGCGGAAGGCCAUCUUGACCAACCAGUACAUGCAGCGCCUGUCCACCAUGCGGGCCCUGGGCAGCCCCUUCUUGGGGUCCUCCUUCCAGCAGCCCACCACCUACUUCCUGCCCGCCGUGCCCCAGGUGCCCCAGCCUCCAGCGCAGGCUGCGUACUAUGGCUCCAGCCCUGCGCCACCCCCACAGCCUGCCCCCAGGUGGACGGCCCAGCCACCUAGACCUUCAUCGUCACAAGCUGCCUACCCUCCCGCCACCUCGAUGGUCCGGACACCAGGCAUCCCUCGGCGUCCCCUGGCCCACAUCGGCAGUGUCAGGCAGGCCUCCACCCAGGUGCCACGCCCGGUACCCCACACCCAAAGAGUGGCCAAUAUUGGUACCCAGACCACAGGACCCAGUGGGGCAGGAUGCUUUACGCCAGGCCGGCCUCCCCCAACAUACAAAUGUUCUUCGGCAACACACAACGCCCCUCGGGUCCAGGAGCCCGCGGUGCACGUCCCCGGACAGGAGCCCCUGACCGCGUCCAUGCUGGCUGCGGCGUCCCCGGACGAGCAAAAGCAGAUGAUUGGUGAGUGGCUGCUGCUCCUGCCCCGGGGCAAGAAGAAGGGGGCCGGGAGCUGGCUCCCACACUGGGAAACGCCCUGCCUGGAGGACAGACGAGAGAGGGCGAGGUCCAGCUUUGUCGCUGGCCAGCCUGCUGGCUGGCCCUGCUCGGGCUGCCCCUUACUCUCCAGGUCCCUGUGCUCUUGCUUUAAAACGCUGGUCAGACUAGAUGGUCCCAACGUUUGUUCCCGCUCUGCUGUCCUGUGACUCUGACUUAGAGUGGGCGACACCCAGACAUGGGGAGAUCAGGGCUAGGAGGACUGUGGGUAGGGUCUCGGGCUUCUGUGGGGAAAUGGCCGGAAAGUGGGGGUUGCUGUUCCUCACAACCCUCCUGAACGAGCCCCGGUGCCCGCUGCAGGGAGGCGGGGAUGCGAGCGAGCACAGUGGGUGAGCCCAUGUUGCUCCCCACUAGACUCGGGGUUCCUCGUGCAAUUCAUCUCCCUCCGAGUGUCUGGGACAGGCACCUGCUGAAAGAAUUACCACUAAUUUUUAUAUGAUCAAGCUUGUUCCUGGUUGGCAGGUUCUUCAUGGCCACCAGGAUCUCUAGACCCUUUGCUGAAGGCCCCCAUUGCCACCACCCCAUUGUUUCCUCAGCUCACUUAGGGUUUCGCCACUUUACCACAUCCCAGAGACAUUUUAAAGGAGCUUAAUGACGGCAGAAGGCUUUGUUAGCAGUUCCCUGCACCCAUCUUCACUUUCCUCAGGGAAGACCCCUUCCACCUCCCGCCUUAAGGCACCCUAGCCUGGCUGGGGCCCCCACCCAUUGCCGACCACCACCCUGGGCCCUGUCACUAGGGAUACCAGAUGGUGGAAAGUGAAUUCAUCCUAAGCAUUUUUCUCUUCACCUUGACCCCCAAAGUCUCACGUUGAGCAUCAUCAUAUCCUGUCUAGAAUGUCAUCGUGUAGACUACUUCACGCUAUUUCUUGCAAAAUGAACGUGAGUAGUCUUUAAACAGCAGCCAGCUUUAUGUCAGAACCCACCCUGCACAGCGCUGCACACAGAAUGUCAAACUCGAUUCUGAAAUUGUCUCCCGCGGUGGGAUUUGCUGAGCCAACCUUGCGGUGGGGGAAAGCGGCUGCCAGUAAGGUUCAGCACACAGUUCCGGGACAAGAACCCGUUUGCCCUCCCUGCUCCACGCCUGGGACGCUGGGGUAUGAGCCGGGCGUGUGCAUUGGCCAUUGGAGGGUGUUCUCCACAGGGGAGCGCCUCUACCACCUUAUCCAUGACGUCCACGCGCAGCUGGCCGGCAAGAUCACGGGCAUGCUGCUGGAGAUUGACAACUCGG